ACCUGUGUAGAGCUCAGUUCAAAUUUAUACUCGAUUGCAGUCGGAACAAAUAUUUCCACAUUCCAGUGUACAAAAAAAAUACAUUUACUUUUAUAUAGUUUUAUAACUUGACCGCGUUUCGUUACGUUUUGAGUGUUCAAAAGAUUUUCCUUCGUUUCGAUUCUUUUGCUUUUUGUCGUGCGGAUUACUAAUUUCGAGUGAUUUUAAUUUAUGGAUCCCAAACGCGGUAAUGCCUCCGGGGCACGCCACGGACAAGCCGCUGGUGCCGCUGCUGGCUAUCAUGCUUCCAAGACGAGCAUGGCGUCACGCCACGCGGGUGGCGCCGGCGGACCGGCCGUAGGAGGACGCAAGGCCAGCGAGGUCAGCAUUACGCCCAGUCAAUCCCGGAAUCAGGAUAACCCUCUCAGAAGUCCUUUGGAUGCUUUGAGCCGCACUGGCCCCUCUUUACGCAACCUGAAUCCCUUCCAGCGUCGUUCAGGCUUGCAGGACGUAGAUGAUUCCUUUCUGGCCGCUAAUGCUUUUGCUCGCCCGCCUAGGGUGCGUAACUCUGGCUUGGAGAGGGAUUCAAUGCCAAGCAUUGUUCCAGCUGUGAAUCCCGGUCGCAUACCCGCUGGCCAAGAGCCAGUGCAGCAGCAGCAGCAGCAACAGCAGCAGCAGCCACAGCAGUACCAACAGAUGAUUCCAGCUGGUGGCGAACAGCAACAGCAGGUGCCACCAGUGGCCGCCGUGCCCUCAUCUCAACAUUUGAUGCAACAAUACGCUCAACAGCCGGCCGCCGGUCAGCCAACGCGCCAUGAGCCAACCCCCACUGGUCGAGCUCAUGCCCAUCAGCAUCAGCAUCAGCACAUGCAUCAGCAUCAGCAGCAGAUGCCACAACAGCAACAACAGCAGCAGCAGCAGCAGCAGCCACAGCAGCCGGCCUAUGAGCAACAACAACAACCAGUGACAACCUUACCAGAUGCCCAAAUAACGAAUAAAUACCCAACACAACAACAACCCCAGCAAGGAUAUAACACACAGCCAUCACCGGCAGCAAGUGCUGCACCACCGCCAGCGACAUCAUCCGGAGGAGCUGCAGCUGCACCUGGAGGCGCCGGAGCAGCACCCACAGGAGGUGCAGCCGGUAAUAAUGCUCCACCGCAAGAUGCCGAGAUGUGCACCACAUGCCCCAACUGCCAGACCACCAUAUACUUGGUGCGCUCCCCGGAGCUGGGGCACGGUGAUGCGGCUCGACCCUACAAUGAAAUGUAAAUGAAGAUGUGUAAUGACCAGACGACCGAUCUGACGGGUGGCGAGUGAGACUAUAACAAAUUUCAAGUGCAACAAGAUCCAAAUUCUUUUAAGAAGGUGACAAUCUUUACGGCCUACGGGUUUACACAAAGUGAAACACAGAAGUAUACAAACAUUAAGGGUUAAAACUAUAAUCCUUGAUGUGUCCUGGCCGAAAUGAACGAGGGCAAAAAUUAUGUGUAAGCCCAAAAUUUCUUAUGAACGAACAUAUUUAGUGGUAGCAAUUCUGGUGUAAAUAAAUGUAAAUAAAAAAGUA